AAUGAAGUUUGUCCAGUUUCGAGGAGUUCGAUGGCAAACGAUAACCAAAAGUUGGCUUUAGCUGAUCAAGCUUUUAUCGAACCAAAAAAACAAAUAAAUGACCAGAAUAAUAUCAAUAAAUAUACUACUUCUGAAGCAUAUAUUCGUUUAACACGGUUCAUUGAACUUCUAAACGAGAGUGUUGUCAACAAAAAGAUCUCUGAUCCAUGUUUUGUUUCAGAGCUAGUGCAAAAGGUGCUCGAUUCUCUGGACACCAUUAUGUCUUGGAUCGAUGAGAUUCCCCCUUUACCGACAUCACAGAGAUUUGGUAAUAAGGCUUUUCGGGAUUGGGUUGCUCGUUUAGAACAGAACGCUUCAACUAUUCAUCGAGACAUCUUGCCACCACAAUUUCAUGAUUCGAUAAUUGAAUUAACACCAUACCUUACCGGAGGGUUUGGAAAUGCUACACGCAUUGAUUAUGGUAGUGGCCAUGAACUAAGUUUUGUUUCAUGGAUUUGUUGUAUGCACUUGUUGGAUUUAUUUCAAGAACAAGAUUAUAGUGCAUUGGUGCUAAGAGUAUUUACAAA